UGAGGACCAAUCGGGACGCAUCUUGUUUCAACGGGGAACAACGGCUGAGAAGGCUAUGGCGCCCAGCUCGAAAUCUGAAAAGGACGAUAGCAAACAGAAAACGCAAAGAAAGCACAAGGACCAUGUCGUAAAGCUGCUAGUGCGCGGGAAGCUGUCUGGACAGUUUUCUCAGCACCGGUUCAGGAAGCUGCCACCUCGGGUUUGUGUCCCAUUGAAGAACAUCGUCAGCGAGGAGUUUCUCAGAGCCGGACACAUCUUCCUUGGUUUCACCAAAUGUGGCCGCUACGUUCUGUCUUACACCAGUGACUGUGGAGAAGACGAUGAUUUCUCCUUUUACACCUACCAUCUUUACUGGUGGGAGUUCAACCUGCACAGUAGACUCAAACAGGUCCAUCAUGUGCGACUAUUUGCAGGAGAGGAAAUUUACAGUGAUCUGUACCUUACUGUGUGUGAAUGGCCAAAUGACCACUCCAAAAUAGUCAUCUUUGGUUUCAAUACACGCAGUUCAAGUUCUGUGUUGAUGAACCUGAUGAUGAGUGAUGAGAAUAACAGGGAUAUCUACAUCACCAUAGCUUCCAUGCCUCCGCCCCAACGUUGCUCAAAGUGCUGUCCAGUUCCUUCAGCCUCGACCAUACGAACAGGAAGUGGCGAGUGUCUUGAACAUGGAUAUGUGCUCAAUAGCAGGUACCAGGUGGUGUACCCAUUCCCCACUUUUCAGCCAGCUUUCCAGCUGAAGAAGGACCAGGUCAUCCUAUUAAACACGAGUUACUCUCUGGUGGCCUGCGGCAUCUCGCUCUGCCCAGAAAAGCACGGUCAAUCAUCACAGAUCCUUUACACAAAGGGAGCUGCCCAGUCAACUCAAACCGCACCUCUUUCCUCAGCAUCACUGGAUGCUUCAUCAUUACCCCAGGAAUCUCCAGAAAAUCGUCAUUUUCCUUGCAGACCCCCUCCAAUUCCCUCGUCGCCAAGCCAUUCACAAGCAGCCAUGAGAGCUCGGGAGUUUGCAGCCGAUCUUUUCAGGCGAGCCCAGGGAGGAGGAGGAGGAGCGGGCAUGGAGAGUGAGCGCCAAGGGGAGAGGAGAACAGCUGAUGGUGAUGAAAAGGAGGCAGUGCAUAAACCAGAAGAUAAAGGGAUUAAUGUAGACACCUCAAGAGUGGAGGAGGGUUGUAAAGACAGGAAAGCGGAGGAUAGACGGACUAGUUCACAGCAGGCAUCAUCGUCAUGUGGAAGCCCUAAUUUUGGGAUGUCUCCUGCCUCUUCUCCAUCAUCACUUCCAUCAACUUCAGCACUGUCUUCCUGCCAGAAUCCUGCCCCUAGCGAACCUGGAUAUGUCAACUACUCACGUCUGCACUACCGCCUCCAACAGCAGGGGGCAGAAGAGCAAAAUCCAGGAGGUGCUGGAGGUUAUGACGAUGAUAAAGUCCAGCUGCCUUUCACUGUCACAGAUCUAAAAGGAAGAAACCUGCAGCUGGUCACUGGGCCACAUAAUAGACAGAGUGUUUGUGUAGAACAGUUGACGCUGGACUUCGAGUAUCUCAUCAAUGAAGUUAUCAGGAACGAUGCUGCCUGGGCUCCACAGUUCUGCUCCUUCAGCGAUUAUGACGUUGUAAUACUAGAGGUGUGCCCAGAGACCAACACUGUGAUGAUCAACAUUGGUCUGCUGUUGUUGGCAUUCUCUGUCUCAGAUGAGGAGCACUGCAGGCCAAACACAUACCAUUCUAACCUGCAGGUUAGCUGGGACCUGAACACAGGUGUGUGUUGCACUGUGGGCGUGGGUGACCUAACAGAGGUUAAGGGCCAGACCAGUGGCAGCGUGUGGAGCUCCUACAGAAAGUCCUGCGUGAACACGGUGAUGAAGUGGCUGGUCCCUGAGAGCAGCUCCCGCUACAUCAACCGCAUGACCAACGAAGCUCUGCACAAAGGCUCAUCUGUGCAAGUGUUGGCAGACAGCGACCGAUGCAUCUGCAUUGUAUUAUGAAGAGAAAUUUAGAAGAAACAACGUGGUCCACGAGUGUCAGAGUUGCAGAAACCAAACCAGUUACCAUGAAGAUGCGUCCUCAUCUCCAGCGAAGAGCUCAGAGCAGAGCAGCACUGUCCACUUCAGAGGUUUUAGUUUGAAAGUCUCAUUAAAACAAAACAAAAGCAUGCCUGCUGCAGAUCUCUUGAGUAUAGAUUUAUAGCUAUUUUGUAAAUCUUUAUUGUAAUAUUACAGGCACCAAAACCAAGAGCUGGAUUGAACAAAGAUGUUGUUUUUUUUUUUUUUUUUUUUUUUUUUUACACGGGAAGGUGUGCUGUUGAUGUGUGACUGACUACCUUUUUUAUAAUUCAAUGUAGGUUUGUGUGUUAGGAUGAGUGUGUGUGAAUGUUUGUGUAAAAGUCGCACAGUAUUUUAAGCAAGAACUCGCUCCGUACUGUUUUCCUUUCUUUACGAUGGUCAUUAUCAUGUUGUUUGCUAACUGGGCUAGAAAAGAGUGUCCCAUUGGGAAUAUUUUGUUAAAUUAAAAUGUUUCAAUUUAA